CUCAACAGGUAGCGCAACAAUCACAACAGCGCUCUGAAGACAUCGCAGCAGCAGCACGAAUAUGGACAAGUUUCGCACCUACGAGAGGUGGUGCCGAUUGUUGGUGUUAUUGGUUGCAUCCAUGCAGAUUCUCUUUGUUUCGGUGCGAGGGUUUGCUCCGUCGCUAGGGCGUUCUUUGCGUCGGAUCGAACCAUUCCACAGAGCGACUGGACUGCGCAAGAUUUCCCGGUCUGGGCUCCCCCCUCUAGGCGCCAAGAGUAGCGACCGCGAUAGCAGAAAAGCGAAGGAAGCCGUGGCCGACUACAAAGAGACCGGGAUGUCCCCGCUGGCGGAUUACGAGAAUCCAUCGAACCGAGAUGAUCAGGUGUUCUCGGCGAUAUCGGAGGACGGGAGCGUAAAGGUAACCGCCUGCACCGCCCGUAAUCUGGUCAAUGAUCUGAUGAUUAUGCACACUCUGACGGCCGUGCCGGCCGAUGCUAUCGGAAGAACCGCUGUUUGCGCCCUGAUGAUGAGCAACGGUAUGCAGGCGGAACAAACCUGCCAAAUCACAUUGAACGCCGAUGGUCCGCUACGGGGUGUUGUGGCUAUUUCGGAUGGAGUGGGCCACGUUAAGGCCUAUGUGGGAUCUCCCAUGGUGGGCGAUAUCGAACUCCCCGAAGCGGUCGGUAAAGGGAUGGUACAAGUCGUCAAAAACCACCCGGAUUGGAACAACCCUUACAACGGGAUCACAGCCAUUCGUCACGGAGAUAUUGACAGGGAUAUUGGUAUGUAGAUCACCUAACUAUCCAUUGACGACAUUUCAGCCAUCGAGAAUCGACGUCUAUCGUACGCGUGGUUUGUUUCUCACCGUAUUUGCUUUGUUUUACAGGAGCUUAUCUCGCGGAGAGUGAACAACGAUCGUGUGCUCUCGCUGCGGGGAUCUCGGUAAACGGAAUCCUCUGUACCGCAGCGGGCGGUUACCUGAUCGAACAACUUCCGAAUGCGACGCCCGAAACGCUUUCGCGCGUCGAAAAGAACCUAGGUAAACUAGUGGAGAAGGACGGCGGUAACAAGCUUCCCACGGGCCUGCUGCUGAAGGGGGUCACCCCCCUUGAAAUCGCAGAAACCAUCCUUGACGGCCUCGGCAUGGUGCCCCUUCAGCAGAUCUCUCCGGAGUUCGAGUGCAAGUGCUCCUCCGAUCGUCUCAUCCGGGCGCUCCGGCUCAUCCCGCGGAGUGAGGUGGACGAAAUCUUGGAAUCGGAGGAGAAAAUCGAGGCGAGAUGUGAGUUCUGCGGGACGACCUACCGAAUGGGCCCUGAAGAAAUACGGAAAGAGCUGGACAAUGCGGAGGGGGACCCGUCCCUUGACAGCGACUUUGAGGAAAGUCAAAAGAAAGAAUAAACAAAGGAAUCCUAUCUCUGAUCCUCAUAGAACAGAAGAGAGCGGGUUGGUUGCUCCUUGUUUGCCCAAACUAGACGCACUCGCCGGAAUGUGCUAUUGGGUAGAUCUAGUAGCCCUAAUUCCAUGUAGACGUAGAUUUUAUCAUUUUUUGUGAAGACCCAGAACUUUAGAUAGCAUAAUGCGGAGAGGCAAGUACUCUCCAAGCAUCUAAUAUGAUCACUCAUUGUUAUCAUUGUGAUGAUACAGUCCCAGAUGUCUUUGUUCUGGGCGUAAGGAGCAAACCUUUAGAAGUGAUGUAGUGCUGUACUAAAGUGCUGUCUUGGUAACGCCAAACACCGUACAUCAUACUCUCAACAACCUGCAUCACUGUGGAGAGAACCGUUCCGUUGGAACAUCCGAAUAGGUUGGGAUCAUACCUUUUGUACCCUACACUAGAAGCACGUUGGUAAGAGGUGCAGCGCAACUUACAUACUACAUACCCAUCUGCCGUUCGGAGGUACGUGCAUACGGUCAUCAAGUAGAAGUGACGUAGUUUUUUCCGCGACGCUUUCCCAAAACUCUCUCUGUUUUUCAACUUUCAAUCGUAAGUCAAAAAAUGUUUCUGUUGCAUCGGAUGUGAAGAACGCAUUUUGCAAUGAAUUCAAGAAAGUAGUAUAUGGUACAUACUCAAAAUUCCAAAGUCUAUUGUGCAUAUUCAAUUGUUGUUUAGUUUAUUCUCUUCACGUAUAUAUAUAUUCUUUAGCUUCAUGUUCCACUUCUUAGGGCGAUGUUCUCUAUUGUCGUCUAUUUUGUAUACAAUUUUCGCCAUAGUAAUAUUUACGGUACCAUAAAAUACAAAUUCACGCUCUUCAUUUUGUACAAUUACGAACAAUUCAAAAUUGUUGCGACUGAAAAUGGGCAAUCCCAUAAGUGUAAUCCCUCUAUAAAAUACGACGAAUCAGGUUUUUAGCGCGUCGUAACGGGUUGAAUCGGGACCAGGGUUGUCGGGGUUGAUUUGGCAUCGACUCGGGCAGUUCAUUGUCCCGUUCUUCCAUAUCGAUGUCAUUGAGUUCCGGCCAGUCACUUCCAACGCUAGCAAACAUAAACUCGUCGGUAGGGCCGCUGUGGGGAGGAAGAAAUCCAAUAUGUUAGACUGCGCAGGCAACAAAAACAUUUCUUCCGAUCGAAUGUAACAGGAACUGCAAAGUCGGCUUGACGAAAGGAAAACUUACUCGUCGUAAACUAUUCUACGGGCGGUCGGAUUUGCAACAUCGUACCACGUGCUCUUGGGUAAAGUGACAACGAAUUCGGGCAUUUGCAUCGUGUAUCCAAUCGCUGACGUCGACGACGUUGUAUAAUCUCUCGCCGUGAGUGGCGGUUGAACCGAAAAUGCACUGGACAGAUGAAGGAUUCCGGAAAGGAGUAGGAGUCCUGCAGCUGGAAUGAUGAUGGGUCGGGCGCCGAUUAUCAUUGUGAUGUGUCGUUUGUUUUGGAAAUGAGUUGUUAUUUUGGCGUAGAAGUCGUUGUUUUGCUUUCGGAUUGAUUUUAAUUUUAUGGAUUGAUUCUAUUCCAACAGUGGUUUCGACGGAAGGUAAUGAAUAUGUUGCAGAAUAAGUGCUAAAUUAAAGG